AUGCUCACUGCAGACUUCAACCCCCUUGUGCCCGGAACCCCUGAACAGCCUGCCUCCAUGACCCUAUCAACAUUAGAGGUCAACCAAGGUUCCGACUAUCCCGUCGUUGGAGAUAGUAGUACAUCGCUUCACAUCUAUGCCACAGAAAUCGGCCCGGUUCCAAUGCCGGUAUCAAGUGGACACACUGACAUCUCGGUUGAAUCUGCCACCGUUAUUGUAACAGAUACAACGACAGAGAUAACACAAAAGUAA